AGUGAGAUGGAGAAAUGGAUGUGAAAACCCUGGCUCUGAGCAGGGACAGAUCUUUACAGCAAUCAGAGAGGGCGACCGAAAGGAGGAGGCAUGAGCCUAGACUUGGAAAGGUUUGACAAGGCCUGGAUACGGUUUGAUUCUAGGCUGUCUUUUUCUAGAAUUCAACAGGCAUUCAUUUAGUAAGGGUACAGUACAAAACCCGCCUGUGAGCUUUUUAACCACACAGGUGCGCACAGAUGUGUUGCCUGAGCCUGGCGCUUGAGCAAUAAGAGUAUCUUUGGCUGCGCUCCGCCCACGUACUGCAACUCCCAGCAUGCUCUGCAAACGCGUCGGGCGCGUCGCGGACUGAUGACGUAGCUCUGUAGCGCGGGGAAUUUCGAGUGGCCGAGGAUCGCGGGAGACCAGUGGGUCGUGGACCGCCCCCCGUUUCUUUAGAGGAGACCAUGGAUUCCCUGGUCGAGUCCCGGUGGCCUCCGGCCUUGGCAGUCAUGAAGACAGUAGAUGAUUUGCUGCGGUGUGGAAUUUGCUUUGAAUAUUUCAACAUUGCAAUGAUGAUUCCUCAGUGUUCACAUAACUACUGUUCUCUUUGUAUAAGAAAAUUUCUGUCCUAUAAAACACAAUGUCCAACUUGUUGUGUGACAGUCACAGAGCCGGACCUGAAAAAUAACCGUGUUUUAGAUGAACUGGUAAAAAGCUUGAAUUUUGCACGGAAUCAUCUGUUGCAGUUUGCCUUAGAGUCACCACCCACAUCUGCUGCUUCCUCCUCUUCAAAGAAUCUGGCUAUCAAAACACACACCGCUGUAGCCUUCAGACAUUCAUUAAAACAAGGAAGCAAGUUAAUGGAGAAUUUCUUGAUCAGAGAAACUGGUGGUUCUGCGUCAGAGUUGUUGAUAAAAGAGAGUGAAAGCAAAUCCAGCCCUCAGAAAAAGCUGAGCUCUCCUGCGAAGACCAGAGGGAUACCUUCUGCAGAAAAGUCAGCUCCAGGUUCCUCAGAGGAUUGUGUUCCUGAGACACCCUCUACAUCAGCCUUGAAACAAGUUACUAAAGUGGAUUGUCCUGUUUGUGGGGUUAAUAUUCCAGAAAAUCACAUUAAUAAGCACUUAGACAGCUGUUUAUCACGUGAGGAGAAGAAAGAAAGCCUCAGAAGUUCUGUUCACAAAAGGAAGCCGCUGCCUAAAACUGUAUAUAACUUGCUCUCAGAUCGAGAUUUAAAGAAAAAGCUAAAACAGCAUGGAUUAUCUGUUCAAGGAAAUAAACAGCAGCUCAUUAAAAGGCACCAAGAAUUUGUACACAUGUACAAUGCCCAGUGUGAUGCUUUGCAUCCUAAAUCAGCUGCUGAAAUAGUUCAAGAAAUUGAAAAUAUGGAGAAGACUCGGAUGCGUUUUGAAGCUAGUAAACUCAAUGAAAGUAUAAUGGUUUUUACAAAGGACCAAACAGAAAAGGAAAUAGAUGAAAUUCACAGUAAAUAUCGUAAAAAACAUAAGGAUGAAUUUCAGCUUCUGGUGGAUCAAGCCAAAAAAGGAUACAGAAAGACUGUUGGAAUGUCCAAAAGAAAAGUAACAAAAGGAGAAGAUGAAUCUACAGAAAAACUAUCCUCUGUAUUUGUGG